AAAGUCGUGAUCGCCGAGGCCGGGGCGAUCCCGCCGCUGAUUUCUCUCGUGCGCGCGGGGAGCGCCAACGCGCAGGCGCAGGCCGCGAUGGCGCUGCGCACCCUCAGUCUUAACGAGGACAACAUGCUGGCCGUUGCAUCGGCCGGCGCGAUUCCGCCGCUCGUUGCGCUCGUCAAGAACGGUAACGAUGUCGGCAAGUCGCAAGCCGCUGCGGCACUGUGGAAUCUCUCACUGUCGAAUGCUGCCAAAGUGACCAUUAACGAGGAAGGCGGACCCGCGGUGCUUCUGGCCCUUUUGCGCGACGGGAGCAAAAACGCAAAGUUUGAGGCGCUCGGGGCCCUGUGUAAUCUCUCCAAGAACGAGGAAUGCAAGGUCACCCUCGCGGCGACCGGUGCGAUCUUGCCGCUCAUCGCUGCUUUACGCGACGGUAUCAACAAGGUGAGUGCCGCCGGGAUACUCUGGCACCUCGCGGUGAAAGACGACUGCAAGAUCGACAUUGCGACGGCCGGCGGCAUUCCGCUCCUUUGCGAUCUCUUGAGCGACGAGCACGAUGGGACGAAGGAUAACGCUGCGGGAGCUUUAUAUGACUUAUCAUUCAACGUCGAGAUCAAGGUUACCAUAAACCAGGCUGGCGGAAUUCCUCCACUCGUCGCCCUGGUGCGCGACGGUCCCGACCCCGCCAGGUCGCGCGCC